AUGUUUACUGAUAUUGAAACAAUGAAUUGUUUGGAUUAGCCUCAUUCCAUCUAAAUUAAUACAAAUAAAGUUUUGGAUAUAAAUUGUUUUAGGACAAAAUGUGAUUUAAAAGAAAUUUAAAUCCAGAAAUAAGUGUAACUUUAAAAAAUAUUGUAUAACAAAGAGAGGAAUAAUAUUUCUGUAUAAUUUCUUAAGGAUAUAUUUCUCAUUAUGAUUUCAAGGCCUUCAUAAUGAUGAAGUAGACACAAUAUGGUGACAUCAUUUGCUGGAAGUAGUUCCAAGACUUGAUGAACAACAAUUUUCUUCAGUUGAUGUGAUAUCUUAUGCCAGUUUCAAUGACCGAAACUAUGGCAAGACGGGCCUUUAACUUUAAUACGGUAUCGCAGGCCCACCGUGAUGUUGUAGACGACCGAUACCGAGAUCUCAGGCGACCAAGGAAAGUGCGUUUUUUUGUUAACGGAGAUCGCUACUUUAAAGGAAAGAAAUUAUACAUAACUCCACAUCGUUAUUUUAAUUUCAAUGAUCUCCUAAAUGACCUGACAGGAAAACUUCCGUCCAAUUUGAGCUUGCCAUACGGUGUGCGCCAGAUUUUUACGCCGGCCAGCGGGCGACGUGUUGUUGAUAUCGAGGACCUUCAGGAUGGCCAUGCAUAUGUUUGUGCUGGAUUUGAAGGAUAUAAACCAAUUAAAUAUGGAAAAGCUGAACUGGAACCUUGGUCUUUAGGUUUUACUUCAGCGGACACAAGAAAGACGGCUUUGAAUGCUCGCCACCACCAACAUGAAAAUUUGGACACAGACCAGAACUACACACAGGGCUUUAGUUACCGGCCCCGUGUGUAUGGAAAUGCCUUCCAUCCAGGAAGGUAUUUUCAGGGUCGGAUUACUGAUGGGCAGCAGCAACAACAUCGAAGGUAUCCUGGCGCCUUUGGUCCUGCAAAUCGGAACAGUUACUUAGCUAAUACAGAAAAUCAAGUACCUCUGAAGCCUAAAGUUAUAACAAUAGUAAGAAAUGGGCCCAAACCACGAAAUAAUGUUAAAAUUUUGCUUAAUCGCAGAAGUGUUCAGUCUUUUGAGCAGCUUAUGAAAGAUAUUUCAGAAGCCUUUGGGCCAAAGUGGAAAUCCAAUAAAGUUAUAAAAUUGUUUACUACUCGGGGACGUGAAAUUCAAGGAGUUGGAGAUUUUUUCCGCGAUGAUGAUGUGUUUAUAGGUGUCGGAAAUGAACAAUUGACUGAGAGUGACGUCCAUGACAUAAUUGAGGAAAUUUAUCCUGACAGUCCUUAUGCUAGAAAUAUUAUGAAAGACUUUGAAAGACAAAAGAAGAAAAGACUAGCUCAGGUUGCUAAAGAACAAAUAAGAGAUAAUGAUGCAGACAAACGUGAUAGCGGUUUUGGAGAAGGAAGUGAUGGGAGUAACCGAGAUCCUGAUCAGGAAUAUGUUCUGUACAAAGGUCGGCAGUCGGAAAAAGGUCGGAAACGAAAUGAGUAUCCAAGGGAUUUAGAGGUUGCCAUGAGAUUAGAUAGAGAAAAAGAAAAGGCUGCUCAGGAUGAAAAGGAUAGAGUAAGCAAACAGAGAAGAAAGAUGAUCGAUUCAGAGAGAAGAGCUGUAGAGGAGGAAAAUCGCAGGAAGAGACAAGUGCCAAGGGGACAGGCAGAAGAUCCAUUUAGGAAGAUGAAGGAACAAAAAGAAAAAGAGAAAGAAGAGAUUAGAAGAAGGAGGGAAGAAGAAAGAAAGAGAGUUGAAGAGGAUGAGAGACAGAGAAAAGAAGAGGAGAGACAAAGAAGAGAGAAAGAUAAACACGAUAGGGAACAAGCGGAACAGGCAGCGAGAGAGAGGCAAGCAGCUGCUGAAAGAGAAAAGGCCGAAAAAGAAAAAGAAAGGGCAGAGAAAAAGGCUCAGAGAGAUAGAGAACAAAAAGAGAAAGAACAUAAAGAAAAGGAGGAAAAGGAUAAACAUGAAAAAGAUAAGAAUGAAAAAGAGAAAGAUAUUAAAGACAAACAUCAUGAUAGAGAAAAACAUCAUCAUGACAAAGAUAAAAGUGAAAAGCAUCAUCAUGAUCAUGAAAAAGAUGAGAAAGGAAAAGUUUCUGAAAGGGAAAAUGAAGAUGAGAAAAAUAAAAUAGACAAUAAAGAAAAAGAAAAUAGGGAAGCUGCUGAGAGGGAAAAGCGUAAGAAAGAGAGAAAGAAACCACGAAUUGUGAGGAAAACUAAAUUAGAAAGACAAAUAAGCAGUGAUGAUCAUGUUCUGGCAAAAUAUGAGUUGGGUCGGACAUUAGGUGAUGGUAACUUUGCCAUAGUUAGGAUGUCAAAAAUGAAAGCUACGGGUGUUGAAUAUGCAAUGAAAGUUAUAGACAAACCAAAACUGAAAGGGAAGGAGCAUAUGGUAGAAAAUGAGAUUGAGAUUAUGAAGGACUGUAACCAUCCGAACAUUGUCAAAUUGUACGAGGAAUAUGAAACGGUAGACAAAAUAUAUCUGGUCAUGGAAUUAGUCAAGGGCGGUGACUUAUUUGAUGCUAUAACACAGAGUGUGAAGUUCGGAGAGGUGGAUGCCGCUCAUAUGGUCAAAGACUUGUGCAGUGCUCUUUUCUAUUUACAUUCGCGGGUCAUUGUACACAGGGAUCUCAAACCUGAAAAUUUAUUGGUGCAUCGAAACAAAGACAUGACAAUAUCGUUAAAACUUGCAGACUUUGGUCUAGCAAUGGACGUGAAGGAGGCUAUAUAUACAGUCUGCGGUACCCCCACGUAUGUGGCCCCCGAAAUCUUGUCAGAAAUAGGUUAUGGAUUGGAAGUAGAUAUGUGGGCAGUAGGUGUUAUAAGCUAUAUCUUGCUGUGUGGGUUUCCACCAUUCCGAAGUCCAGAUCGUAACCAAACGGAACUGUUUGAGUUUAUUAAAGCCGGGGAGUACGAAUUCCUUAGUCCAUAUUGGGACAACAUUUCAUCGAGUGCCAAAGACUUGAUAGAGCAUCUGUUGGUCGUGGACAAGAAGCGACGAUACACGGCCAUUGACGUUCUUAGUCACCCUUGGAUACUGUGCGGCGGAGACGUCUCAAGUGUGGAUGCCACAAAAAUAGACGAGAUGAGAAGAGCAUCUCGGAAAGAGAUGGAAACCCAAGCUGCUCUUAAUAGAGAAUCUUACCUCAAGAUGAAAGAAAAACGAGCGCAAAAUGGAUGAAAUUAGCUGUAGUUUUAGUCCAUAAAUUGUGCUAGUUUUAGAAUUCGAGCAAUGCUAAUACUGUUUUAGAUGAAACAUUUAUUCAACAGUUGUAAAUACACAUUAUUUUUAUUAUUUUUGCAGAUUGUACCCACAAAGGGCAUACACAUAUGUGGUGAUAACUGUUCAUGAGUUAAAGCUGUUAAGUUUGUUUUUUUUUUGUGAAAUUUUAUGUCAUCUGUUUGUUAGUUUUUCAGAUUGUCCGUCCAUUUUGAAACACUAUGAUUUAAGGGAUUCCAAUGAAACUUUACACAAGUGCCAAGCUUGAUAAGAUGGGUGUGUUUUGCACUCAAGUCAGAAUGUACCUUCAAGGUUAAGGGCACACCACUCCAGGGACACAAUCUGCACAUAUUUAAGUGUCAUCUUUUGUUUAAGAAUGAAUGAGUAAACCGGGCAUUGUAGAAAAUAAGUUGAGUUAGUAUCAGAAAAAGGAACAAAAGCAUUGUUUUCAUUGUAAAUUGUUUUAAGUGAUCAGUUUGUGAUAAUUAGACUUCUGCGUUGGACUGUUGAAAAUAUAUCGGGUCAGUAUACCAAUGCAGUAAUUAUAUGUAUAAUGCAUAAAAAUUUAUGUUUUUGAGGUAUAUAUGAAUUUUCGUUCAGCCUGUUUUCCACAACAAGUUUCCCUUUGGAAAUAAAGUAAAACAUUUUUUGUAACUGAGAUUUCAAUUUCAAUUUGUAAUUUGAACAUGUUAACCCUGAUCAUGCUGGACACAGUUGAUUUUGCCUCUGCGACCAGUGUAGAUCUUGAUCAGCCUGCACAUCCAUGCAGUCUGAUCAAGAUCUGCACUGUUCGCCACUCAGUCAGUAUCUUUUUGGUAUUCACCUCUUUUUAACAGCUAAUGGUACUGUCCAAAUUGAAAGAAGGACAAGUUCAUUAUAACAAAACAAAGGUGCGGUGGAUAAACCUUACACAAUUAUUCCAUUCCAAAUGAAAAUCUGUGAUAUUUUUCUGUAUGUUGGAUUGUUUGCAUGUAUGUGUGCUAAGAGUAUUUAUACAAGAUUAUAAUUUAUUAAUCUAUAGAAAUAGCAAAAUGAACAUUGUAUAUACACAUAUUGAUAUCACAAAGUUCGCUCCAACAGCAGAACUUAAAAGUCCUAAAUUAUUAAGUUGAAAAAGAAACUGUGAUAGCUUUAAUUAAGUGAACGCUUUAUUUUAAUAUUUAGUUUCAAAUAUAUAUGUAUGUUUUGAAAAACUUUAUUUACUUUAUAUUGUAAGCAGUUUUUAUCUGUAUAUGGUAUCAUAACAGUUAAACUUGACUUGCACCAUUUUAUUGGAUACAGUGUCUGUGAUAAUGAUUUAUUUAACGGUAAUUUUGUUGUUGUUGUUGUUAAUAUUUUAUGUAUUAACAGGUACGUGUAUAGAAAUAAGUGAUUUCUGAUAAUAUGUGCAUUUUACUUCUAUUAUUUAUAGAACUAAAGUUUAUUAUUUGUGUCUUGAUGCCAAGCUACAGUUUUAGACAUUUUUGUGCAUCACUUGAUGCACAUUUGUUUUUGUAUGAAUACCUAAACUGGUGGUAAAUGCAAUUUUAAAUCAUUUUACCGUAGUUUUAUUUAAGAAAAAAAAUCAUGAUACAUAUCAUUCAGUAACAUUCCAUCAAUGUUUAAGACUUGACUUGUUCUGUUUUUGAUUAAAGGUGGCGAACCUGUAAUCACUGUCAGCUUUUUCCGUUUAUUUAUUUUUCCAACGAAAUUUCUGCAAUACCUGCUUUUUACGAAAAGGAAUGUGCUUGUAUAAGGUAAAUUAAUGGCUGGUGAAUGCCGAAAUAUGAUGCAUAAAUACCAAAUAACAGGAAAACAGCAGAAAUUUGAAUACACAAAUACGUUAUUGCAUGAAAACAGCUGAAAUAGCAUUAAUAAGUAUGUAAUCGCAUGAAAAUUUCCAAUUGUGAUUGCAGGUCCGCUGCCUUAAUCAGAUAUGUAUGCUGAAUUUUUCGAAACUUGUUUCAUCUGUAACAUAAAUUAUGUCAGAUUCUUUAUACAGCAUUAUGGUCAGUUGAUUGUUCAUUCGUAAAAAUAAUUCAUGCUUAUAUACGUAAUGAAAUUAUCGUUUUCGAAAUACAAACUUGGACCUCAUGUUUGUGCUGAUUUGUGAUAGUAAAUCCAAACGAAAAUGAAACAAAUGGCACCUUUCUAUUAAGUUUACUAUCUAACUCUGAAAUCAACAAAGUCAUGUCCAUUGAAAUAGUUGUUUUGUUCAGAAUCAAAAAUUUUAUGUCAGUGAAAUAAAAUGAUUCUGCAGAAAAUUGUAAUGAAAAAACUAGCUAAGUUUUUGUAUAUAAAUCAAUGAAAUAAGUGCAUGCAUUUUUAUUGACAGACACCAGGUGUAAGUGCAGUUUAAACCAGUUGAUUACUCUUAAAAAAACUCUUUCUACAUCUUUUUGUUCAUUUGUAAAAAAAAAAGUAUCAGCUAUGCCAGAAUUAAAGUAGAUGGAAAUGAAAGCAAAACAAGAGACAGUUUAGAAAAAAGUCCUGACUAUAAAACUUUAAACCACUCAAAGACAGUUAUAAAUAAUGAUUCCACUUUCACACCAGAUGAUUUUAACAUUUUUGCUGUGAUUAAAGGGGCACGUCUGCAGAUUUAUAGCAGUUUCUUUAAACAUAAAAAAAACAACUUAAAUUUGUUACAGAGUUGUAAAAAGAAAGUGAUUUGGUGAGUUUUAGAUUGUAUCUUUUUAUACAAACACUUGUGAUAUCUGCUUGAACUAUAGAAAAACUAUAUUUUGUUAUUAAUGCGCUAAAAUUUUAUGUAAAAUGAAAAGAAUUAGAUGUACUUUGUAUCGUACACAAUAAUGUCAAUUUUGAAAUGAUACUGAUACUUAACCGCCACUUUUUAAAUUUUUUAUGUUUGAUAAAAUUACUGAAAUAUUUCUUUGAUUUUGAGCAUAAAACCUGUGACUUGUUGAUUUUUUUAAAGGUACACUAAUAAAUAAUAUAAAAAUUUUGUCAAAACAGAUAACCCUAGAUUUAGCUCAUUUUGGGGCAAUGUUAAGGUUGUCAGAAUUAGUAAUUUUAUGAUUUGCCUAUGCCGUGAUUAAUUGGUGUAAUUAGCGCUUCGCUCUGGUAUACAUCGGAAGGCAUACCUCUUUUACAGUUUGUUAAAGACCCACUACUUUGUAUACAUCUGAAGGCGUACCUCUUUUACAGUUUGUUAAAGACCCACUACUUUGUAUACAUCUGAAGGCGUACCUCUUUUACAGUUUGUUAAAGACCCACUACUUUGUAUACAUCUGAAGGCAUACCUCUUUUACAGUUUGUUAAAGACCCACUACUUUGUAUACAUCUGAAGGCAUACCUCUUUUACAGUUUGUUAAAGACCCACUACUUUGUAUACAUCUGAAGGUGUACCUCUUUUACAGUUUGUUAAAGACCCACUACUUUGUAUACAUCUGAAGGCGUACCUCUUUUACAGUUUGUUAAAGACCCACUACUUUGUAUACAUCUGAAGGCAUACCUCUUUUACAGUUUGUUAAAGACCCACUACUUUGUAUACAUCUGAAGGCGUACCUCUUUUACAGUUUGUUAAAGACCCACUACUUUGUAUACAUCUGAAGGCAUACCUCUUUUACAGUUUGUUAAAGACCCACUACAUUUGUAUACAUCUGAAGGCGUACCUCUUUUACAGUUUGUUAAAGACCCACUACUUUGUAUACAUCUGAAGACAUACCUCUUUUACAGUUUGUUAAAGACCCACUACUUUGUAUACAUCUGAAGGGGUACUUCUUUUACUGUUUGUUAAAGACCCACUACUUUGUAUACAUCUGAAGGCAUACCUCUUUUACAGUUUGUUAAAGACCCACUACAUUUGUAUACGUCUGAAGGCGUACCUCUUUUACAGUUUGUUAAAGACCCACUACUUUGUAUACAUCUGAAGGCAUACCUCUUUUACAGUUUGUUAAAGACCCACUACUUUGUAUACAUCUGAAGGCGUACCUCAUUUACAGUUUGUUAAAGACCCACUACUUUGUAUACAUCUGAAGGCAUACCUCUUUUACAGUUUGUUAAAGACCCACUACUUUUUUGUGCUACCAUAUUUUGAUGUUUCAGUAUUUUUGCAACGUUUACGAAGUUGCUGCUUUAUUUUUGUUAUUGUAUUUUGUAAUUUAAGUUUUAUUUUUUAUUUCAUAGGUCAUAUAUCAAGUUAUUCCGCCCAGCCAUUUCUCAUUUAUACACACUUCUAGUUUAAGUAAAUAGUAAAGUAAAUUUAUGACUUGUUUUGAAGUAUUUUUUUAAGUUGAAAAUGUUUUUACAAGUGACAUAACAAUAGAUACAUUUUUUUUUUCAUUUUUAGCACCCUUUACAGAGGCUCAAUAAAAGAUUAGCACGUAAAUUAACAAGAUUUUUAAGUGUUAAAAUCAGUAUUUAAUGACAACAUUAUAAAUUUGGUUUUAGUGAAAUUUAUGUUUCAUGAGUUUUUUUAAUUCAUUGCUUUAGUUUUCACAUUUAAGUUUGAAUCUAUAAAACAUUAAAUUUUACAGAUGAUAUUCCAGAGAUCAGUGUGAUAAAAGCUUACAUCAAAUAUAUUGAACAACAUAAGAAAAUUUGCAAUUUCAUACUUGCAGUAGUUGUAGUAAAUAUUUAUACAUAAUAAUAAGUGUAUUUAAAAAAUGUGUCCAGUAAGUUACUUAUUACAUUGAAGACAUCAGAUUAAGGUUUUACAAGAAAAAUUUUAAUGCGUUUUUUUACAUUGUGUGAAAAUUAUGUAGUUUUGAAUUUUGAAAAAUAGGCCACUAAUUAAAAAAUGUACCCCUGUACAAGUAUAUAAAAUGUUACAUUUCUAUUAAUAGAAAAAUCUAUCUUAGAGUAGUGGAAAAGCUUUCACAAAAAACUAAGUUUGAUACUUAAAUAAAGUCAUUUAGUAAUCACAUUGGGAAAAGAUUUAAAAUAUAAGACAAUACCUUUGAUAUUAUACAACAUUGUAAAGAACUCUGAGGAUGGUAAUUGGACUCUUUUUUUUAAAUUUUAAGAAUAUCUUGAUUAAUUUUGAAUUUAUUGUCAAAAAUUUUGAUUGAUGAGGGUAUUUUCCAUCAUAAAUUUCGGCCAUUUAUUACUCUUAUCCUAAGUACAGAAAUAUUUAAUCAGUAGUGUAGUAAGUUUUAUUUUUGAUAGACUUAAUAAACCAAUUCAAUGGCUGAAAAAAAAAAAAGUUCAUUUACUUGGUAUUCAAGUUGGGCGGAGUCUAUCCCUUAUCAUGCUGGACACAAUUGAUUCUGCCUUUGCGACCAUUGUAGAUCAUGAUCAGUCUGCACAUCCAUGCAGUCUGAUCAAGAUCUGCACUGUUUGCUAUUCAUUCAGUAUCUUUUAGGUAAGCACCCCUUUUAACAGUUAAUGGUACUUUCCAAAUUGAAAGGUGGAUAAGUUCAUUAUAGAAAAUUAGCAGGGUAAGGGUUAAAGCCUACUUGUAUACAGAGGAACCUGGCUCUAAUGACCACUUGUUUCGUAUUGGUACAUUUGCAGUAUAGUCUAAUGUGUUGCCAGAGAGCUUCAUUCAUGAAGAUAAAGAUCACAUUCUGGUAUACAGACUUUCGAGUUUUUAAAGAUGACACUACUGUACUUUCAAAAAGGGACUGGUGAUUAAAACUUAUAGAUGUAUUGUUAAGUUUGAACAAAUAGAAAUAUUUUAUGACUUAACUUUAUAUUUAAUUCUUGAAUUUAUGUAAGAUUUAUUUUAGAUUUAAAAGAUCAGAAAGUUAUAUGAGCCGUGCCAUGAGAAAACCAACAUAGUGGGUUUGCGACCAGCAUGGAUCCAGACCAGCCUGCGCAUCCGCGCAGUCUGGUCAGGAUCCAUGCUGUUCACUUUCAAAGCCUAUUGCAAUUAGAGAAACCUUUAACGAACAGCAUGGAUCCUGACCAGACUGCGUGGACGCGCAGGCUGGUCUGGAUCCAUGCUGGUCGCAAACCCACUAUGUUGGUUUUCUCAUGGCGCGGCUCAAUUAUUAUUAUUUGAUUUUACUGUAGAUCUGGUAAAUUAGUAUACUUACAUAUACAUUCAGCAGCUGAAAUAGUAAAAGUUGUCUCACCUAGUUUGAACAUUGAUUUGUUUUUUUCAAUUUCUGUUGUUUACAGUUUUGAUGUAGAAAAGAAAUCAUGUCAUGUACUUUCAGUUUUGAUGUAGAAAAAUCAUGUUAUGUAUUUUUCAGAAAUAAACUCAUUAUCAUUC